CGAGAAGGGCAGAGUCCGACGACGGUGUCGCCGAAGGCGCCUCCUUUCCUCGCUGUCGGGAGGCAAUGCACAGGGUUCUCCUCCUCCGAAGGCUCUAUUCUUCUGUGCCCCCUUCGCGGAGGCUCUCUCAGUCGGCAGCAGUGGCGGCCGACCGAAUUGACGCGUCCGUGCUUCCCAUUAUGCCGCCCUUCGACUACACCCCGCUUCCGUACCUCGGGCCGCGGGCGGCGGAGAUCGUCCGGAAGCGGUCGGAGUUCCUCAGCCCUUCCAUUUCCUACCUUUACAAGAAUCCCUUGAACAUUGUGGACGGAAAGAUGCAGUACUUGUUCGACGAGGAUGGUCGCCGGUACCUCGAUGCGUUUGGUGGUAUCGCUACCGUGUCCUGUGGCCAUUGCCACCCUGAUAUUGUGGAAGCCAUAAUUAACCAGACGAAACGGCUUCAGCAUCCUACUGUUCUAUAUCUAAACCACGCCGUCGCAGAUUUCGCAGAGGCAUUGGCUUCCAAGUUUCCUGGAGAUCUCAAGGUCGUCUUCUUCACUAAUUCCGGGACUGAAGCAAAUGAACUUGCCAUGAUGAUUGCUCGAGUUUAUACUGGUUGUCAUGAUAUCAUAUCAGUCAGAAAUGCAUACCAUGGGAAUGCUGCUGGGUCAAUGGGUGCGACUGCUCAAAGUAACUGGAAAUUCAAUGUUAUUCAGACUGGGAUGCACCAUGCACUGAAUCCAGACCAAUACAGAGGGAUAUUUGGUUCAGCUGGAGAGAAGUACGCCAAAGAUGUGGAAGAAAUCAUAGACUUUGGAACUUCUGGGAGAGUUGCUGGCUUUAUCUCGGAAGCCAUACAAGGAGUAGGUGGAGUAAUGGAACUGGCACCGGGUUAUUUGCCUGCUGUUUACAGAACCAUAAAGAAAGCUGGGGGGCUCUUCAUAGCUGAUGAGGUCCAGGCAGGAUUUGCUCGAACAGGAAGCCAUUUUUGGGGAUUUGAAGCUCAUGGAGUUGUGCCAGACAUAGUGACCAGUGCCAAGGGCGCUGGGAACGGCAUACCAAUAGGUGCUGUGGUUACGACUCCAGAAAUUGCUCGAGUCUUGACUCAACGAUGCUACUUCAACACCUUUGGUGGUAAUCCCGUCUGCACAGCUGCCGGUCAUGCUGUUCUCAAAGUGAUUGAAAAGGAAAACCUUCAAGAAAAUGCAUUGGUUGUGGGUUCUUACUUGAAAGAUCAACUCAAGGCACUUCAGGACAAACAUGAUAUCAUUGGCGAUGUAAGAGGAAGAGGUUUGAUGCUCGGAGUUGAGUUGGUCACCGACCGUCAACAGAAGACUCCAGCCAAAACUGAGAUCUUGCAUGCUAUGGAGACGAUGAAAGACAUGGGUGUGUUGGUCGGAAAGGGUGGUUUCUAUGGCAAUGUCUUCAGAAUAACACCUCCUCUCUGCUUCUCCAAGGAAGACGCAGACUUCUUCUUGGAUGUCAUGGACAUUGCAUUAUCCAAGAUCUGAAGCCUCUCCACUGUUCUUGGUGGUGACUGUAAACGCAUCUUUGGAAACACUAAUUGGAAGAGUGCACUCUCAAAAGGAGAUCUUGAUGAUGACGAGAGACCACGUUCUCUCUCUCCGUGCUUUUCCGAAUCCAUGCAUGUAGUCUUGCUUAGGGGCAUUGGCUGUGUGCUACGUGGAAAUUUAAGCAUGAUGCUGAGAGCAAAAGCCAUAUAUGACAAUAUUGUUAUAAUCUUAAUGAGGCCUUAGAU